AUGUCUAUCCUCACAGAAGGAGAAGCACACUCAUCUGCUGAUGGCCCUGGGAUUCUUCCUCGAAGAAAAGGGAUGGGGAGCCUGGUGGUGGAGAGGGCGGAGUCGCUGCGCGUCGGCGGCGUGGCGCUGAACCUCCACGCCAACGGGUGGCGCGCCCUCGAGGAGCUCGGCGUCGCCGACGACCUCAGGCGCACCGCCACCCUCAUCACCUCGUCUCGCAUCGUGCGACGGCGACACAACCAGACCAGCGUGUCGUCUGCCAGGAAGGAGAACCGGUGCCUGAGAAGGAAGGACGUGGUGGAGGCACUGGCGAAGAACGUGACUGCCGGGACGAUCCGCUACGGCUGCCAAGUCGUGGCCAUCCACCAGGAUCCCGCCACCAACGGCGCCCUUCUCACCACUGCCGAUGGCAAAACCAUCAAGGCCAAGGUGGUGGUUGGUUGUGAUGGGUGGAACUCGGUGGUGGUCAGGCACGUGGGGCUCGCCGCGCCGUCGCAGUACGCUCGGUUCAUCGUCCUCGGCUUCGCCAGCUACCCGGAGGGCCACCCGUUCGGUCCGGAGUUCAUGCAGGUGAUCAGGGACGACUUCACCGUCGGGGUGGUGCCCGUCGACGGCAAUCUUGUUCAUUUCUUCGCGAGCAGGGCUGCCAGGGGGGACACGUGCGCCGGCGCCGGCGCCGACGACGUGAAGAGCGAGGAGGCCGCGGCGAGGGCGUACGUGCUGGAGAAGGUGGAGGAGUUCCCGGCCGGCGGCGAGGUGGCCGAGAUGGUGUCGCGGCGGCGGUUCGACCCGGCGACGAGCUGGACGCUCACCAAGGUGUGGUACCGGCCGCCGUGGCAGGUGGCGCUCGGCAGGUUCCGGCGCGGCGCGGUGACCGUGGCCGGCGACGCGAUGCACGCCAUGGGCCCGUUCAUCGGCCAGGGCGGCGCCGCGGCGCUGGAGGACGCCGUCGUGCUCGCCCGCUCGCUGUCGUCGCGGGCCGCGUGGCUCGGCGGUGGCGACCACAAGCAGCAGCCGCACGACGACGACGACGACGACGUGGGCGCGGCGAUAGAUGGGUACGUCGCGGAGAGGCGGCUGAGGCUGACGAAGCUGUCCCUGCACAGCUUCGCCAUCGGGACGUUGCUGACGACGAGGUCGCUCGUGGUGAAGCUCCUGUGCGUCGCCGUCCAGGCGCUCCUCGGCGGCGACUCGCGCCCGGAUGAGAACUACGACUGCGGCCGCCUCUAGGAUCUACCGGUUAAUUGCUCACAUAAAACACACACACACGAGAAGAAAUGUACACACUAGCAUCUAUAAACACAUUGUUUAGCCAUCAUCUACUGCUUAAUUAAAACGUCGUUCAUCCACAUUUGUCAUGUAAAACAUAGCUUCAAAUAAAUAUUAAAAAAAUCAAGUGACUUCUUUG